AUGGCCAAUAGAACCAAGUCCAAUAAAAGGUUCAAACGCAGAAAACCAUCUUUUUCUGAAGUCAAGUCAGAUCCAGUGACGCUCUUUUCAGAAAGAAAAUCAAGAAUUGCACCAAGAUCAGGAUUACAGUUUAAAGUUGGACCUUUAUUUCAACCAACAGUCCAAGUUUCCCCAUUAUACAUUAAAGAAGAUAAUGAUCAAGUUGUUCCUAGAUUAGAAUCUCGAAUUGAUCGUGGGUUUGAAUUGAUUGAUGGGAAUUGGAUUGGAUAUAAACGAAAUUACAUCUCGGUUGUUGCCUCAUUUACAUUUGAAAAACUUGGCAAUAGUGCAAAACUUCUUCAACAACAUGGAUUCUAUAUUAUUACUAAAAAUGAGAUGUUUGAUGUAAAACGUUUUGCAAUUAGGUUAGUUGGAAAAUCAGUUGAGGAUGGAGACGAUGUUAGUCUAAUUCAGAAUACAGCUAAGAGAGAUAAAGGGCCAGUAGUUGAACCACCAGUAAUUCCAGUUAUUCCAGGCGCUAUACCAGAACAUAUUGUAAUUAGAGAAGGAUCAAAUAUUAGAAACCAAUCAAGGAUUAAAGAGUUUGAACAGUUGUUUAGUCAAGAUUGGAAAUCGUUGCGAAUUUUACAACCAAAUUCAGUAUUGAAAAAUUAUCCAGUCAACGAGAAUUAUACUAAAGUUGCUAAAUUUGAAAGGAUUCAGUUUACAUCAGUUGUUCGGAAUAAGAAAUCCAUUUAUAAGAAUAAGAGAUUUAUUUUGCAAAUUCAAUUGUUGGCAGAAUUGGAUGAUAUUGGAACCUAUGCAAUAAUAGCAAUUUCUAAUACUCCACCUGUUUUCAUUAGAGCAAAUGGUGCUUCAAGGUAUGAAUCAAGUUCCCCAAUGCCUAAUAGCAAUUUACCACUUGACGACAUUUCCAAUACUGAAGUCUUUGACUUAAAAAUGAAGAAACCUAUAAUAUCAAGUAAUAUUCCAAAGAAUGAAUACCCACCUGAUCUUAUGAUAGAUAAAAGUCCCUUGGCUGUCCCUGGUUGUUGUAUUUUUAAUCCAUUCAAUGGCAGUGAAAUGACUAAGGAAAAUGUUCUAGAGCCGUUAUUUGAUCUUAAUAUUGAUGAUUACAACGAUGAUCCAGAGCUGUUAAAUCCUAGAUAUUUCUUAGAAAAAUCCAAAGUAUCCAAAAUCCAUAAACUUACAUCUUCGUAUCUCAAUGAAACUUUCUCCAGUUCAUUCUUGAGACCUACUGCAAGAGGGGGAAUUCAGAUUUUUGAUGAUAAUAAAAAACAGAAUGUUGAUAAUAAUCAUGACAAUACUACUACCACUAAUAAUACUAAUUGUAUAGCACCCUAUUUAUUAACAAAUAUUUAA